UCCCUUCCCCGCGCUCCGCAGCCGCCCCUGCUGGCAGGGAAGGGCCAGAGGCCGUGGCCUGGGGGGGCGGGGGGAGCGGGCCUGUCUAUUUUGGAGCCCGCAGCCGGGAGGAAGGUUGGGAAGAGCCCCGCGGAGAGCGGGCGGGAGGGGUGCGGCCGCACUAAGGAGCGUCUUUCACUCCCCGAGCGGGCAUGCCCCUCCCUGCGGCCGGCUCCGGCGGGACGCGAGCUCGGGGCGGAGGCAAGCAGCACCCCGCGAGCCGCUUUGCACGCUCCCGGAGCAGGAUGCUGGUCCCCGGCCGGGCUGCAGCGAGCGGCUCCGCUCCGCUCUCCUUCCUUCGUCUCGUCUCGUGUCUCCUGGCAGCAUCGGCUGCCGCCGAGGCGGGACCCACAUUUCUGGUGACAGGUCCCCGGAACAUUAGGCCUGGUGCAAAUGUGACAAUUGGGGUAGCUCUGCUGACAGACAGCCUUCCACAAGUCACAGUGAGAGGUGAAGUACUCAGAGGGAAUGACACCGUGCUACAUGGGGAAGUUACCUUUGAAAAAGGUUCCUUUGGAACUCUUGUUCUUCCAGCACUGCCUUUGAACAGCAGGGCUGGCAGUUAUGAGUUACUGGUGAAAGGCCAUGCCGAGGGCCGGCUGUUAUUCUCUAACAGCACCAGCCUGUUAUUUGAGCACAAGAGUAUCUCUGUCUUCAUCCAGACUGACAAGUCUCUAUAUAAACCAGGCCAAGAAGUCAAGUUUCGGGUUGUCACUGUUGAUCCUGAUCUCAAACCCUUCAAAACUUCUCUAAGCAUAUACAUCCGGGACCCUCGAGGGAAUUUGAUUCAGCAGUGGUUGUCAGAGAAAGGUGAUUUGGGUGUGGUUUCCAGAAGAUUUCAAUUAUCAACAAGCCCUCUGCUUGGAGACUGGUCAAUACAAGUACAAGUCAAUGAUCAAACUCAUUAUCAAAGAUUUACUGUGAUGGAAUAUGUGUUACCAAAAUUUGAAGUUACUCUUACAACAUCAUUAUAUUAUCCUUUGAAAGACAAGGACUUUACUGGUAUUGUCACUGCAAAGUAUACUUAUGGAAAGCCAGUGAGAGGAAGUGUAACAGUCACUUGCAUUCCUGUGUCCUAUUGGGGGAGCAAGAGAAAUGUUACUAAAACAUUGGAGAUAAAUGGAUCUGUGAACUUCACUUUUAAUUACUUAGAGUUUGAAAACUUAACUACUGUCCAACAUGCACGGUAUCAGCGUGAUAUAGUUUACAGAGGACCAACAGAAAUUAUAGCUGUAGUUACAGAAUCACUUACAGGAAUCACGCAGAAUGCAAGCACCACUGUAUUUCCAAAGCAGAAUGACUACAUCAUUGACUUUUCUGACUAUGCUAGAGCUCUAAAGCCUUCUCUGAACUUCACAGCUACUCUAAAAGUAACGCGUUCUGACAAAAAUCAGCUGACGGCCGAAGAGAGACAAAAUUAUGUCACAAUCACUUCAGAACAGUCAGACACUGUUCCUCACCACGCUGUGUUCUCUAUGUACAAAAAUGGAGCAGUGCAGCAGAGAAAUGAGACAGUGCAUAUUCUAAAUUACACUGUCCCAGAAAAUGGAAUCAUUCACCUUGAGGUCCCGGUUCUGACUAAUACGAUGAAUCUGCUUAUUAAGGCUAGUUUUCUUAAUAGUGAAACUAACAUAGCAAUUCACGGUAUAUUCAACUCCCCCAGCAUGACUUACCUCCAGAUAAAAAAACCAAGACAAGAUGUAAAGGUUGGGAUUCCUUUUGAGCUGAGUGUUGCAAGCAACAAGCUAAUAAAGGAGAUCAGUUAUCUGGUGGUAGCUAAAGAACAGAUUGUGGCUGUAGGCACAGAAGUUUUGACAACGUUCACUUUAAAGCCAGAAAAUUCCUGGGCUCCUGUGGCGUGUAUAAGUAUCUUUUAUAUUGAUGAGAAUGGGGAAGUUGUAAAUGAUGCCCUGACUCUGCCAAUUCAGCCUGUUCUUGAAAACAAGAUCAAAAUAUCUUGGAAUAAAGAUAAAGUCAAUCCAUCUGAGAAAGUCUCCCUUAAAAUCAGUGUAACUGAACCCAGUUCUGUAAUUGGACUUUCAGUUGUUGACAAAAGUACAAAGCUCCUUGGAGAAAGUAGUGACAUUACAGAAGACAGUGUGCUCCAUGAACUACAUUUGUACAACACAGUACAAUAUUUUGACUCAGUCAGAAGUCCUCUCAGUGUCUUUCAGAAAUGCAACCUUUGGGUAUUGACUGAUGCAAUCCUUCCAGAAGACAAGAAUAACAUUCUCUAUGAUGAGAUGAUACCCUAUAGUGCAGAUUUUGAUGACUAUCUAGGUACUGCAGGUGGAUUUCCUGCUUUCAGUAGUCCACGUAUAAGGAAAAAUUUCCCGGAGACUUGGCUUUGGAUUGAUACCAAUACUAGAUCCAGCAGAGACACAACAAUGGAAGUUACAGUACCUGAUACCAUCACUUCUUGGGUAGCCAGUGCUUUUGUAAUAUCUGAAAACCUUGGACUUGGAAUUACGACUGCUCCUGUUGAGUUAGAAGCUUUUCAACACUUUUUCAUUUCCUUGAACCUUCCUUACUCGGUUACCAGAGGAGAGCAAUUUAUUUUGGAAGUAAACAUCUUCAAUUAUUUGAAAGAAGCAAUUGAGGUUAUGGUGACUCUUGACCUCAGUGACACAUUUGAAAUUCUUAUUACAUCCAAUGAAAUAAAUGCUACAGGAAACCAGCAAUCUGUGUUGGUACCAAGUGAAGAUGCAAAGACUGUUAAUUUCCCAAUCAAACCAAAACAGAUGGGAGAGAUUCCUAUUAAAGUGGCAGCAAUAUCACCCACUGCUUCUGAUGCCAUCCUCCAGAAAGUAUUAGUGAAGGCUGAGGGGCUGGAACAGUAUUAUUCACAGACACGUCUUUUAGAUUUGACUGGGUCUAACCCACCAACUGUAUCAGAAACUUUGGAUUUCACCUUCCCUCCUGAUGUAGUAAGUGGCAGUGAAAGAGUGCAAGUCACUGUUAUUGGUGAUAUUCUUGGGCCUUCUAUCAAUGGCUUGGAAUCACUGAUUAAGAUGCCUUAUGGCUGUGGUGAACAGAACAUGAUAAAUUUUGCUCCUAAUAUUUAUGUUUUGGAAUACCUGACUAACACAAGGCAAUUGAAGGAAGAUAUUAAACUGAAGGCUACAUCAUUUAUGAGAGAAGGCUACCAAAGAGAGCUUCUCUACCAAAGGGAUGAUGGCUCUUUCAGUGCCUUUGGAAACAGUGACUCCUCUGGAAGCACAUGGUUAUCAGCUUUUGUAUUACGAUGUUUCCUGCAAGCUCGUCCGUUCAUAGAUAUUGAUCCAUAUGUACUGAAGAAAACAGCUGAUUGGAUUGUCAAACAUCAGCAGUCGAAUGGUGAAUUCUGGGAACCUGGAAGAGUGAUACACAGUGAACUUCAAGGAGGCAGUAGUAGCCCAAUCACUCUCACAGCUUACAUUAUGUCAGCUUUAUUUGGGUACCAAAAUGAUGAGAAUGCCCUUGCUGUAGCAAAUGCUGCAAACUUCUUGGAAACUAAAUUAGAAGAAGGAAUUUCAGAUAACUAUACGCUGACACUUGUGACAUAUGCAUUGUCAUUGGCAAAGAGUAUAAAAGCAAAGGAUGCCCUGGAUGUUCUAAACCAGAGAUCAGAACAGCAAGGAGACAUUCGAUUCUGGACGUCUCCAGCCCCUCAACUGUCUGACUCAUGGCAGCCACGCUCCGUAGACAUUGAGCUUUCAGCUUAUGCUCUACUCUCUCACUUUCAGCAAGACAGACUAUCCGAGGGGAUCCCUAUUAUGAAAUGGUUAAGCCAGCAAAGAAACCAUCUUGGAGGUUAUUCAUCGACUCAGGACACCGUCGUGGCCCUGCAAGCCUUGAGUAUAUUCGCAGCUCUCAUUACUUCCAGAAAAACAGGAAUUGAUAUAACAGUGACUGGACCUAGUCUGGAAGCUCCAGUAACGUUUUCCAUUGAUACUCAAAACCGUUUUCUUCUUCAGACCAAAGAGAUUGCACCUAUGCAACCGAUGGCCAUUUCAGUUUCAGCAGAGGGUGUUGGGUUUGCCAUCUUUCAGCUCAACAUUAUUUACAAUGUGAAACAUUCAGUCACUGGUAGAAGGCGCAGAUCUGUCCAAAGUCAAGAAGCUUUUGACUUAGAUGUUGUCGUAAAAGAUGACAAAAAUGACAUAAACCAUUUUACCGUAAAUGUAUGUACAAGGUACUUGGGGUCCAGUGCAUCUUCCAAGAGUGGUAUGGCCCUCAUGGAGGUUGAUUUACUUAGUGGCUUCUCUGUAUCACCAGAUUUCAUUUCAUUAGAUGAUCCCGUUAAGAAGGUGGAAAAGGACAAUGGGAAAGUCAACCUAUACUUAGACUCUCUAAAUGAAACACAGGUUUGUGUGGAUAUUCCUGCUGUGAGAGACUUCAAAGUAGCAAAUACUCAAAGUGCCUCCGUGACUAUAGUGGAUUACUAUGAACCUAGGAGAAGAGCAAUGAGAAGCUACAAUUCAGAAGUGAUGCAAGGCUUGACAUCUUGUGUCUUCUGUGAAAAUGACUGCAGUCUUUGCAAAAGAGAUAUGGACUCCAGUGAUGGCUCUCCAGGAAUGCACCAGCACUUUUCAGCGAUUUCCCUGUUCUGCUUAUUAUUUGUGAUCCAGGCAGACUUGCUGCAGAGUUGGAUGGUGUAAGAAGACACGUUUAUGUAGCACUUCUGAGAUUUCCAUAAAUCACCCAAAGAAAGUUUUAUAUUAAUAAGGGCUGAAGCAUCACCCAGAGAUAUCAGAGAGUAGCCUCCCAUUGUGUUCAGUAGGAGCAGUAUUGGGCCCAUAGGCUAACUCGCUGGGUCAGAAAAAUGUUGUGUGUUUCUACUGGACAAAUUUAACAAAUUCUUAAAUGCUUUUUUUUCAUGCUAUAGUUAUUUACAUUUUCUAAAGAAAUACAGAAUUAGAUUAAGUGAGAAAACAAUUAAGACUAACUUUCUAUUAUCCAAAUGUUCUUUUUCUCCUUUCAGCAUUAUUUUUGUUUUGUUUACUGUUUUUGGACGGGUGUUAAACAUUAAGGAAUAAUGUUAGUUUCUGGAAUUAUUCAGAAAAAUUAUCUACCCCUUUGAUUUGACUUUCAGUAAGCAUAACUGUGGGUUUGUAUCAGUACCCUGCUCAGUUCUGUUCUGCACACCUAAGGCUACUUAACAUUGAUACUGAACUCCAUUGUACAAGUUCAUGAUUGGACAAUUGGAAAAGUAAAUGGAGCUAUCUACAAAGCAGUUAUGGGAGCCAGGAAGUGAUGCGUUCACAAAUGGCUGAUAAUCAAAAAAACCAUCAAAUCUUUUUAUCAUGGCAAAGAAGUGAGCUUUUGCCAGUUUGUAAGUUACAUAUUUUUUAAAAAUAAGCUGUUCAAAGGUUUCAGACUUUUUUAAUACUCUUUACAUUGAAAGAUGGCUUUGAUUCUUACAGUGAAAUUUGGCAAGCAGGGACUCUACCCUGGGACUUUAUUUCUGAAUAUCCUAAAAAAAAAAAAAAUAAACACAACUUCCCUCCUCAUAAUGAAUGAUCUAGCCAUUGAACUCUGGGAAAUGGCAAAGAAAUGUGAUUGCUACACAGGUGCUGACUGGCAAACCUGUGAAUAGCAGCAAGAGUCCAGGAUCAAAGUUGGCUUGACCCAGUUCUGGUGUCCUUGAGCCUUGUAGAAAAGCCACUCUGGAGGACCUCUGUUACAGGAAGCAUUGGCCAACCAAACAGGGGUGCUCGGGCCUGUGUUCCUUAUGUUAACGAUACAGGCAUCCUUAGCCAGCAACAGCUAUGCAAAGAAACACCUGCUGCUGCACAGUUUUACGAUCUGAUCUUGCAAACCAUAACUCCCAUUAUUGACUGCAGGAAGGGCUUGUAGGAAUAGAUUAAGUGGAGUGAGUGUGUGUGUGUGUGUGUAUGCUUAUCUUCAAGCAUAUAAGCCCAUGCUUCAGUACUUUACUAGAUUGGGACUCCAGAGAGGGGGGGUAGGAGCUCCUUAUUUCAGAUUAUGGACCUGCAUUUAGGCCUAAAUCUGCACUCCAUACUCAGGUAGAAUUCAAUGUGUAGUCUUUGAAAGUUCUGCCAGAGUUGGACGAUAGGAUAGGGAGCUGUUUCUGCUUUUGCUAUGACUGUGAGCACCUGUUUGUUGGAUAGUUAUGCCCCCAUCCCAUCCUUACCAAAAUUGUCCAUAGUAUUUAAUUUGACUGUUUUUUUUUAAAGCAACCAAAAUGAUAACAGUUACUAUAAAUACAGAGCAACUGCAGUUGUGACAGAAAUAGAGACAAGACAAAAUUUUAAAGUUACGGCUAUUAUUUGCCCUUCAUACACACUCUUGUGUAUUAAGUCUCUGUGUGUGUAAUUAAUUGACAGAAUCAUUUUGACUUUCUUGAGUAUUGUUUUCAUCCAACUUUGCUAUUGCUUAAAAUGUAUAUAUUUUUGUAAUAUUUUUUAAAGAAAAGGGAUUAGUUCAGAGCCGCAUUGUGUGGAGGGAUAUAAGGAUUUUCUGAACAGGGUGUUACCUGUUGAGAGUUUCUUUAAAAUCAAAAUGUAGCUUAGGAAUAUUCAAAAAUUGCCUAAAGCCUGUGUAUGUGUGUAUAUAUAUAUAUAUAGAGAGAGAGAGAGUUAACUUUUUACAAUUUUUCAUAAAUGUGGGGUGUCAUUUUGGGUCUGAUCCAAUGCCCAUUGUAGUCAGUGUGUGCCUUCCCAUUGAUUUUGAUGUGUGUUGUAUCCGGGUCACUGAGUAGUUGAAUAGUAUUUUACUCUGAGCUGGAUUGUGUCUCACUUGUACCUUACCCAUUGAAAUCAAUGAGGCUCCUUCUGAGUACAAUACCAUGCUCCUGGAUAAAGGUCUGGAAUCUGUGAGAAGUUCCAUUGUUUAGUGGGGCCCAAAAUUAAUAGGAAACCAAGACCCUGGAAUAAAUAUUCUUCUGCUUCCUAUGCCUACCAAGUCCAGUUUAUCAGUCAGCUCUUUGGUCCCAUGUAUAGAGCAUGGGCAGUCACAGAUAGUGUAUGCUGUGGAAGUUAUUUUUGCACUUUGUAUUGGAAGAUACUGACUUGGUGAACUUCAAGAACACUUCUUCUUUCACCUCACAAUCUGGUUCUGGUGGGCAGCCAUUGGGUCUGUUGACAUGUCAUGUUCCUCAGAUUUAAUCUAAAUUUCCACUACACAGAGCCUGCUACUUUUGGCUUGUACUGUACAUAAAGCUAUCAAGAGGAAAAUUGAUAUGUGGUUAGUAUUAUGAGAAAGAGGCUUGUUUUCCAGUGGAAAUGUACUGGAGAUGAAUUACUACUUUCUAUCAGAAGAUGGUGGGGAAAAAAACCCUGAAUUUUUUGCAGUGAAUCGUAGCUUCCCAAAUACUCUCCAGAAACACAGGUUCAGAUUGCUUUUGUCUAAUUUUUUUUGCUGUGUAGCUUGUAUUAGUGUUCACUUAACUUUGUUUUCUCAGAAACUACGCAUGUUUUAAACAGUUCUUGGCUAUCUAAUGAACAACACUAAGAAGCAUCAGUCAUGCACAUUCUGUCAUGAAAAGUGUCAAGAUCAGUAUAUGAACAGUCCUUUUUUAUGUACAGCAGGGACAUCAUUAAAAAAAUCCAAAUCUGUCUCCACACUAAAGCAUAUUGGUGGGGGCAUGAACAUGCACAACAUGUAACUUGCCCUGUAAAACAGAAUAUUGACUCUGAGGGAUCUUUAAUCUGUACACUCCAUUGACAAGAAUGAUAUCACCACAUUGCUUUUAAUUCAUAGCUAAUGCCUUUAGUUUUGUAUCAGAGUCAUGGGAUAAUUUUGUAAGUAUUCCUAUUUUGUAUUUUAUAUUUGCAGUGGAUGAAUCUGAGGCAGUCACAGUAGUGGACUCUCUUGAAGAGCACUGUUAAGACAAUGCUUUUGAACAGGAGUCCUGUUGUGUGUUGUCUGACGGUUGCUGUGCGUUUGAAAAACAUUGCGUGUUUCAGUAUUCUUUGAAGCUCCCAGAAGUGACCAUACAAUGUAUUUAAAACAUUUGGGGCCAAAUUCUACCCUCACUUUCAUCCAUACAAUCUCACUGUAAGCAAUGAAGCUGCAUGGUGAUAGCUGAGGGAAGAUUUUGGACCCAUAUGUUCAAAAUAUUGUAUGUAUCUCAUAUAGAAGGCUUGUAUAUGUUGGAUUAUAUCAUUGUAGAGUCAACUGGGCAAUGUUUCCUCUUAGCUGUGAGUACUUUAUAAUGACUAUACAUGGACUGUGGAGUUUGCCCACGGGGGCAGUUCAACUGCCAGGGCUCCCAGCCAGGACCCCUCUGUCACUACAGGGACUACAGUUUGUCAGACUCCGCCAUACAAACAUCUGUAAUACACCUUAGAGAGAGAUCUAGCUGAAAGGUACAGUUUUGAAAAGCACCUAACUAUCACUGACUUCCAGUGGUACUUGGGCUCCUAAGUGACUUUUGAAAAUGGAGUUUAUGCACCUCAGUCAUUUUUAGACACUUUUCAGAAUGCCAUAACCCAUUGACCUGAAUGGAUUUAAACAGGUCCAGGGACUCUGUAUGUGUAUACGGUGUAACUACAGUACAGUGUAGGAAGAAUAGUCUGUUAAGAAUAUGUAAUAUAUUAAUAGCUUUAAUUUGCAGAAUUCGUAAAAUGAGAGCUACAUUUGUAAAGGGUUGACUGUAUGAAAGACUAAAGUCACUAAGGUUAUUGGCUACUUUGCUCCCUUUUCCAUCUCAAACUCUGAGGAGAGAGGUCAAGUUCACUCUUAUUGUAUUUUGCUUAAUUGGGCCAUCAUAAUAGUUUAUCCUUUUCUAAUGUGGCCCUUACAUUUUCUAUAGAUACAUUCUCCCUUUAUACAGGGUUUAUACUGUUUAUGUUUUUCUCCUGCCUGUUUUGGAACAUGGUAGAAGAAUAUUAUUAACUACAGCAUUAUGGAAAAGUACUAUAGAAUUUAAAAGAAAACAAUGACCUUUGUAUAAUCAUUUUGAAGCUAUAGAAUUUAAUAGAGAAUUAUAUCCCUGUUAAAGAAUUUAUAUAGGAUGGGCCAAAAACAUAUGGAAAGGAUUUUACUUGCUAGUCAAUUGAAUUCUGUAGAUUUAUAUUUUCUAUAGAAGCCUAUUGUUUUAAUCCAUAUUAAAUUACAUAGCACUUACCCAUAAUCCUGCUUUCAAGGUUUUCAAGGACGAUAUGUCCCUAGUAAUUUAUGGAUGAGAAUACAACAGCAGUUAUUGUCUACUUGAUCCAUUCUCUUGUUAGUUCCCCCCUGGGUAAAAAAGUUAUUAGGCUCCAUAUGUUUGAUUUCAACAGUACUUCUUAGAGCAAGUUUAUUUGGAUUUUGUAUGCCAUUUUGCAACAUCAUUGCACUAAUAUUUUAUGCAAUGAAUUUUGAUAGCCUUAGUGUAUCUGACCAUUCCAAAUAUCAUAUUCUUUCUUGUUGUCACUAUUUGAUUUCUGAUGUGUAAAGUGUUAAUUUGUAACUGUACUGUAUAGUACUAUAUAUGUAUAACCAGAGAUGCUGAAUGAAGAAUUCUCUUUAGCUUUACAUAAUGCAUUUGUUUCUGUAUUUCUUGGUAAGAUCACAAAAUCUUAAUGAACAAUGCUCAGCUCUCAUGUCAGGCAUUUUUUUAUGGAUCAGUUUUUAUUGUGGUUUUUAAUAUUUUAGAUGAGUUUGAUGCUAAUGUAAAUAAGGAACUAUAAAAACACUGGCUAAAGAACAGCAUAGUAUAGGCAGAUAUACACAACGUUUCUUCCCUACUACUUGUAAUCUGGUCCUGGUCUAUUGCAUCUCAACUGAUUUAGGUAUGAGGCCAUAGCCAAUUGUUCCAGAACUCUUGUUGCUUUGAGAUAUGGGCAAGUAUCUGCUUUGAUCUAGACUGAGGUCAUGUGCAUAUUUUCACUUCUAAUCAAAUCAUAGAUUUCUAAAACAAAAUCUUUGCUUUUUUAAACUAUUGUGCAGACUGCGGCCAAUUGGUUUUUGAAAUGUAUAAGUUCUUUAUGGUGUUUAUGUUUAUGUUAUGGGAUUAAAUAUAGACUAGUCUAUGUAAGAAUUUUAGAGAUUAAAAUUGCUUUAUUUUUAUUCAGAUACAAAUUAUGAUGCCCAUUGGAAAUUCUAUUAAAGAGUACAUUAAUUUUUGA